GGUAUUGGAGAGAUUAAGUGAGGUCAAUCGAGGAAAUAAGGACGACCCUACUCUUCGCGAAUACGGGGACACGCUGUUCGAGUUCUUGCAGUCAAAUAAAUGGCUGGAAGUGUCCUCCGCGUUCUACGCCCUUCCGUCAAGCCCGUCAAUAAAGCGAGUUGGGAGUUGCCUGGGGUCACCACGCUAGCAGGAGUUGUGAAGCGCAAGUCUCGCGGAAAGGACGGCGACGGGGAUGAUGAAGGCGGCGGGCAACGAGGUACCGGAGGUGGAAGUGAACAGCGUUCGACGAAACAGCGGUUUUCGGGGCACGCAGGAGGCGGAGAGGGGAAAAAGGGCAGCCGGGAGAAGAAGAAGCCUCGCAGCGGAGAGAAAACAAAGCAUCACAGAGGAGACGGGCAGGGGUCCGAUGUCGACCGCGACGAGGACGGUGGGGUUCUGGCGGUAACAGGCAGCACCUCACUGGAGACGGGGAACGACUUGAGGCCUGCGUGUAUUACGCGGCUUGGCGACCAGGACCCUGUGAUUAGCUCCACCAGUGAAACACAGUUUGUCGAUGCGGUUGGCGGGGCGAGUGAAUUUCGGAUUAAUCCGAACCGCGAAGGCCGUGCCAUCAAGGGAGCACAACUGUCUACAGAACUCGAACAGGUGGUCCGGGUUUCCGAAAACCGUGGCGAUGAAAUUCAGAUUCAUCCGAACCAGGAAGUCAUGUCUGCCAUGACAGACGAUCGGUGUCAAGAUGCAGUAAUGCUGUGCGUGGAAGCCCACAAGGAGCUGCAGGCGGAGUGUCGGACUGAGGGUGAGUUGGCGACCAGUUCCAAUGUCGAGCCCAACACACUCGGAGCCGAGUUAGCAGUCGUAAGCGACUCCCCGGUGAAAGUGGUCAUGUCGGCGUCAUUGGAAACUGCAGGGGCUCGGAGGAAUCCGAACGAGGACCCUGUGAACAUCUCCCUCCCAGAUGCAUCUUUGGCGACGACCGUGAUUCGGAUUCAUCCGAGGCACACGGAUAAAGGACUUCAACUGGCAGGCGUUGAGGAUUAUCGACUACUGACGAAUUUGGACAAGGACAAUUCCACCGACGACCGGAUUGAUCCGACACUCAACGACGUCGGGAUGGAGCUACCAGUUCAGCCAGGAUACGACGAUCCCUUGUACUCCGCCCUUCACAACGAGGCGAUGGGGGAGGACGUUCUGAAGAAGGCCUCUGACGCUAUUGGAGAUAGAUUUCUCUAUUUGAGUGACGACGACAAAGACACAGCGUACGGGGACAAGAAGUUAAGGGGGGGAGAGGUGUUGUUGGACAUCCAUGGGACAUUGAGCCCAACACAAUACGACAUAGUGGCAAUGGAGAAAACACAACCUGUCGAUGUUGUGGACGUCGACGAUCUUUGUCCGAAGACGAAUAUACCGUCUACGGUCAUCGACGCCGACAUCUCGAGCCUGUCAAGUUUCCCUGUGGGUUUGGAGCACGUCGUCGCCGCGUCGACGCGCGCAGGGGUGCCAAUCGUGCUGGGACUGCCGUCGGUGGGCUCUGGUGAAGUGGUAGCUAGGCCUGGGUUUCCUCGAGAUGGAAGAGCGGUCCUUGAAGACGUUAUCUGCUCCCGGUUGCCGCUCACUAUCAUCGUCGCGCGUUUGCCGUCGCACAAUUUACAGGUAUCCGUCAAGGACAUCGUCGCACUCGUGGAUAGAUCCGUGAAGCUCAACGAUGAGGUUGUCAAUUUCUACAUGGCGAUGCUACUGGACGACUGCGGCCGGACUGCCGCUACCAUGAAGACAUACACCUUUAACUCCUUCGCCUCUUCACUGCUUCUACGAGGUCCGACAGCUGUUCUCAGAUGCGCUACAGAUGUCGACCCCCUGUCCCAUGACCUCGUCUUGGCACGAAUGCACAAGGACGGCGAACACUGGAGCCUUUUGGCCAUUGACUUCUCUAGACGUGUUUUGGAAAUCUAUGAUUCUUUCUCGUGUUCGUCAUCCAAAGAUUCUUUUUACUCCGCACUUCUGGAUAAAAUUGUUAAAUUUUUGAACACGGUGGCAGGUGCCGCCGGUGAUGGUCGCACUUUCGACCACUUCGCUCGCGAGGUCAUCGUGAAAGGUGUCCCUGGGCAGCACGACGGGGCUAGUUGUGGGGUGUUCAUGUUGAUGUUCGCUUCCUGUUUGGCGACAGGUUUACGUCCACCUUUUGGUUUCUCCCAUAGACACAUCUCCUCUAUCAGAGCUAGACUAGCUUUGGCGAUUUGCGAUAUUGGUAGGUAAGCGUCUAUCUCUUUGUUGAUCCUGUAGUGUAGAAGGGUUGACGUAGAAGAACAUUUCGUUC